AAAGGCACUGGUGUUUCCUGAACGGUUAAUUUUUGCAUUAUAUUUGAGUUUCUGCAUGAUGUAAAAGCCGCGUCCUGAAAAAUAGCUGAAUGUAACACAAAUUUAGUGCUCAUUACCAUGUUAUUUGCAUCCAGAAAAAAACUCCACUGGUCCAUCAAGCUCAUGGACCACACUGAUUAGCUGUGGUUCUCUGGGGUUUUAGGCAUGGGGCAUUACUAUCCCUACCCUGUAGAUCAGGUGUGGGAAACCUUUGACCCUCCCGGUGUUGCUGAACUACAACUCCCAUAAUCCCUGGCCUUUGGCCAUGCUUGCUGGGGCUGAUAGGAUUUGUAGUUCAGAAACAACACACCUGAUACAGAUGUUAGUCAUUGAACCUGCAUGCUGUGUGACUGCUCCACCCCUGAGCUAUGGCCUGUCCCCUAAUUCCAUUUUGACAUCAUCCAAGCUGGCGGCCAACUCUGUGCCUUGUGGCCGUGAAUUCCAUACGUUAAUUAUUGGCUGUGUCAAGAAGCACUUUUAUUUUGUCGAUCCGGAAUAUACGACUGGUAAGAAAAAAAAAUGAGGGAGAUAUAUUCAGAAAGGCCAAGAACAUAAUGAAGGGCGAUAAAUGUGCUGAUUUAUGUUAAAUAACCUCCAUAAAAAAAAGCCAAGGCAAUUGACUGCAUAUUCCUUUCCCACUAAUUUUCUCAGUAGCUACUACAAACAAUGCACACCUGAACUUCCUUGUGGGACCAGGCCCCUAGGAGUUGACUCCUGUGUUAAGUGGUAUAGAAAUUAAAUAAUCAAUCAAUCAGUCAAUCAAUCAAUCAAGUUCUUCUUCUUUGGCAAUCACUCAUAGCCGAGUAAGAUUGUCUUCCAUAAACAUGGUUUUAACAGUGGGUCCAUAAGUGACUUUGGAGGCCAAUUCUGGAUCCACACAUCCUUCCACAGUUGGGACAUAGGUUUCCGGAUGGGAGUUGAUCAUGGUGAGGGUUUGCCAAGUGUGCCUUCCUCAUAGCAUGUUUCUCCCUUGUGUCCUGAUUUUGAGCAUCUUCAAAGUCCAUGACGCCUUUGGUAAAGGCUGUUCUCCAACUGGAGUGCUCACAGGCCAGUGUUUCCCAGUUGUUGGUGUUAAUACUACAUUUUUUUAAGAUUUCCCUUGAGCGGGUCUUUGAACCUCUUUUGUUGACCAAAUCAAUCAAGUACACACUGGUCUACAGCUAUAGUUAAGCUUGGAGACAUCCAAAAAUGCUCCGAUAACACAGGAACAUUGGCAGCUUGCCUUUUACUGAGUCUGCCCAUUGGUCCAUGUAGCUCAGUAUUGACUGUCAGCCACACCCCAGAGUGGGUUCCCUGUUGGGAUGCAUCCGGGGAGACGGGGGCAAUUAGCAGGCUCCCAGCUGGCUCCAGCCCACUGGCCGGCAGCCGGGCGAACUCCGGUUCUCAGAAAAGCAUCAAAACUGUGACUCAAGCCUCAGAGACCUUUAGAGACUGAGCACGCAAGCCAGCAGAGAUAAGAACUCUUUGCAACAGAAGUAGCGGACAGAGGCAUAUAUAAGCGUAUUUACAAGCAUUUAUUCAGCAUCAGGACAAAGGAAAAACAUCUCUGCUUCCCUUCGUGUCCAAGCAAACUGCAAUAGCAAAAGCUAUAUACAACGGAAGUUCCCAGCAGACUGUGCUGGAAGUAAACAGACAUGUGACAUACAACAACUCCACAUGCCUGUUCUAAAGGUGGAACGGAACUAUAGCCUAACAUUCCCUACCUUGAGUUACUGGGGACAGAACCUGAAACUUUCUACAUGCAAAACAGACACGCUUCUACUGAGGUGUGAUAAUGUGAACCCAUGACAUAAAUGUAGAGAACCUCCUUUCUUCCCUCCCUCCAUUUGAUAAAAGUUUUGCCAAGCACAAACCAGCAUUUUCUCACCUUCUGAAACACCCCUUUGACUGCUCACAGGGCCCAGAUUAUCUUUGUGUGUGCAGUUCUUGAUCAGUGCACACUGCAAGGUCUCGUUGGCUGGACUCCUCAUCCUUGCCCUCUUGCAUCUUCCUCUGCUAUCUUGGCAGGGCAAUCUGUACUUCGGCGAGCAACAGGGUAUGCAGGCAUGGCCCAGAUAUGUCCAUCUGCCUUGAAACGUGAUCAGAGACAAAGCAUCACUUGCCAGAACUCCUUGCCUCUCUUUGUUCAGAGUGACACCAACCACUUUGGCAGCCCAAGAUCUGAAGCAGUGCCGGAUUUACGUAUAAGCUAAACAAGCUAUAGCUUAGAGCCCCACUCUCUUGGGGGCCCCCAAAAAAUUAAAAGGGGAAAAAACCUGGAUGUACAUUUCCAAAAUAUAAGAUAAAAAACAAAUAAAAUAAAACCUACCGGUACAUACAGCAAGAGUGUUUUGUGUGGCGUAGGUUCCUCUUUAUUAUGUGCAAAUGGCUUUAGAUACCUAUUAGGUCCAUCAAUUACCAUAUAGCAUAUAUUCAACGCAAAAAACGACGACAAUUUGUUGUUGACAAAGGACAGCUGGACAUAUAAAGGGCCCCAUUACCUUCAGUAGCUUAGGGCAGGCAUAGGCAAACUCAGCCCUCCAGAUGUUUUGGGACUACAACUCCCAUGACCGCUUGCUAACAGGACCAGUGUUCAGGAAUGAUGGGGAUUGUAGUCCCAAAACAUCUGGAGGGCUGAGUUUGCCUAUGCCUGGCUUAGGGCCUCAUCAAACCUAAAUCCGGAGGCCCUGAUCUGAAGCAAAUAUUUUAUGAGGAAAGUGUUGUACCCUCAGCCAUUGUUUUCAUGAUUUUGAAGAAUCGGGCGGAUUGGGUACAUAGUGAUGGCCUUAAUGAUGGAUGGAUGUCCAUAGUGGACAUGCACCAUGCAGAACAACAGCAAAAUUCCUCUCUUGUAGAAGAACAUAAGAGGAGUUCUGCUGGCCCAUCUCCUCCAGCAUCUUGUUCUCAAAGCAGCCAACCAGAUGCCUAUGUGAAAUUCACAAGCAGGACCUGAGUGCAGCAGCCAUCUUUCUGCUUGUGACUUUUCAGCAACUGGUGUUUAGAGGUAGGUAAAGGACCCCUGGAUGGUUAAGUCCAGCCAAAGGCGACUAUAGGGUUGUGGAGCUCAUCUCGCUUUCAGACCGAGGGAGCCGGCAUUUGUCCACAGACAGCUUUCCGGGUCAUGUGGCCACCAUGGCUAAACCGCUUCUGGCACAACAGAACACCGUGACAGAAGCCAGAGCACACGGAAACGAUGUUUACCUUCCCACCGCAGUGGUACCUAUUUAUCUACUUGCACUGGUGUGCUUUCAAACUUCUAGGUUGGCAGGAGCUGGGACAGAGCAACAGGAGCUCACCUCAUCGCAGGGAUUCGAAACCCUGACCUUCUGAUCGGCAAGCCCAAGAGGCUCAGUGGUUUUAGACCACAGCACUACCCGCAUCCCCAACUGGUAUUUAGAGGUAUAGCACCUCUAAAUAGCCUCAUGGCUAGCAGUCACUGAUUGCCUUAACUUCCAUGACUUGAUUGCAACUGCUUUUUUAUUAUUUCUUUAUUUUGCCUAUUUUUAAUUUUAUUUUGACAAAGUAAUAAUCAUAAAUAAAAAAGAAUAAAGUUGUGCACCCCACCACCGAGACCAUUCCAUUGUAACUAUCCAACCUCCCAAAAUUUCAACACCACUUGCAAUGCUUUUACCCCUUUCCGUUUUAACAGUACAAAUUCUACAAACACCCUCCAGAGGUGCCUGGGAGGGUGCCAAUGCUAAGAAGGCCCUCUGCCUUGCUCCCUGUAACUUCACUUCUCACAGUGAGGGAACCUCCAGAAGGCCCUGGGAGCUGGACCUCAGUGUCUGGGCUGAAAUUGCAAACAGUUCAGGAGCCAGUCCAAAAACUCUCACCCGAAACCAUAAAUCUGAGAAAACAGUGACAUAUUCAGCUCAUUUCUAAAAGCAAUUAGCCCUGGUUCCCUGUGCCACAGUUUAUAGUGAUCAAUGGAAUUCUGAUCAGGUUUGAUGGCCUGGGAUUUGGACUUGGAUGCUGAACCUGAGGGAUCCCAGCCUGCACAGGAUUCCCCGCCUCCAGAAUCAGCUGAGCUGGGGCUGGGGCAUGAGCCCAAAGGAUCCUUACCUGUGCUGGAUCCUCAGGUGCAGGCAUCAGCUGAGUCUGCUCUGGCUCCUGAAGUGAUGGAGGACCCAUUGCCUGCAGGUGCUCCACUCUCAGUCCCGUCAGAGGAAGCUGAGGUUGCCUCUGGGUCCGCUAACCCUCAAGCCUCUCAUGAGCUGCAGAGGCUCAGGGCAGAGAGAAGGAGGGAACUAAGUUCCCGCAGGAAGAGUGCUCGCCUCCAGGUCAGGAGAGGUGAGUCACCAGAGGAUUGGGGCCGCCCUAUGCCUCAGGACAGAUAAAAGCCGGCCAGCCCCAGUCCCAAGUUGUGGGAGCAACAUUGUUGGUUGCUAGUUCCUGUCUGAACCCUGUCCUGCUUUCCUGCCUGAGCUCCUGACCUGCCCUGGCUCCCUGCUUGCAAGCCUGUUCCUGACUUCAGCUACUACGGACUGCCUCCACAUUGCACCUUUGACCACAGACCGGACUUGGACCUCGCCUCUUGGGUAACCCACGGGAAUAGCACAUCAGGGCACCUCCUGAAGAUCUUAAGGUAAGCGCAGCCUGCUCCUUCACAACAAACCAUCUACCCAACUCCAAGACCUGGGAACUGCUCACCAACAACACCUCUGUGUUGCCAGGAUUCAGCUUCAAUUUAUUGGCCUCUUCCAGUUUAUUCUGGCCUCCACACCCUGGCGUAUCCCAGUUUAGAUGAAAUGAAAAUAUAUUGUGGUGUGUCAUCAGCAUCCUGAUCUCAUUGUACACCAAAUCUCUGGAUGAGAGCUCCUAAAGGCUUCAGGGACAAGAUGAAAUCACAGCCCAAGUGCCAAGAGAUGAGAAUUAAUAUUUUUCAGUCCAUGGGAUGGAACACACACAUAUAAACUGUGACCAUGUAAAUGAGGAUUUCCUGGAACAGGUAGUUCUGGAGUCCACAUGAGGUCUAUUUAACGGAUUUUGGUUGAAAUAGAGAGCAGGAACUGGUCCAAGAAGUAAUAUUGCUGAGCACCUAGAGAAUACAAAGCAUAAUGAAAUCAAAUUCCUGUUCAAAAGAUCCAAGGCAGAAACACAAAUGUAACUUUUAACUUCAAAGGGAGCGAUUUUACACAAACACAAUUAAUCCAGAACACAGUAAUGAAGGCAGAUAACGUUUCUAAAAUAAGUCAGGAUCAGAGAACACAAUUGCUUAAAAUUAUCAGAGGAAACUCUGUGUGUCCUAAUUUCUUUGCUAGAGGCAUGGGAUUUUCUGCAGAAAUAUUUGCCUGGUUAAAUAUCACGAUUUGGAAAUCUAUUAUGGCAAAACAGCAUCUUUUCGAAAGUGAAAAUGAAAUCCAGAUGAUGGCAGCCCACAAGAGCUUAAAAAGUUAAAUGUGCAAACAUCUAAAGAAAGGCCAGGAAGGAUUUGGAGGAGCAACUCAAUAAAAAGGAAAGAAAAAUGAGUUUUUAAUAAAUGAUUAAUAAACACAUAUUAAAGGGCUGCAGAGUAGACCACCAAGCUGCAAGAAGAGCGAUCAAAGACCGUCAUUGAGAUGUGAAGUGAAUACAUCACACCCACCCAAAAAGUGUGGAGAGAUUUCAGGGCAGGCACAAGACCAUUGCGUGCACAGAUCCUAAAUGAACAGACAGUUGAAACCUAUUUCAACCCUGGGGAGAGAAGAUGGAAGGUGGAGCAAGCUUGUUUUCUCCUGCCAAGGUAGGACCUGAACCAAUGGAUUCAAGUUACAAGAAAGGAGAUUGCGACUAAACAUUCGGAAGAUCAAGAAGACCCGACAGUAAGAGCUGUUCAGUAGUGGAAUGGACUCUCAGGAAAGGUGGUGGACUCUCUUUUCUUGGAGGAUUUUAAGCAGAGGUUGGAUGAUCAUCUGUCAGGAAUGCUUUAGUUGUUGUUGUUGUUCAGUCGUUUAGUCAUGUCCGACUCUUCGUGACCCCAUGGACCAGAGCACGCCAGGCCCUCCUGUCUUCCAGUGCCUCCCGCAGUUUGGUCAAACUCAUGCUGGUAGCUUCGAGAACACUGUCCAACCAUCUCGUCCUCUGUCAUCCCCUUCUCCUUGUGCCCUCCAUCUUUCCCAGCAUCAGGGUCUUUUCCAGGGAGUCUUCUCUUCUCAUGAGGUGGCCAAAGUCUUGGAGCCUUAGCUUCACUAUCUGUCCUUCCAGUGAGCACCCAGGUCUGAUUUUCUUAAGAAUGGAUAGGUGUGACCUUCUUGCAUUCCAUGGGACUCUCAAGAGUCUCCUCCAGCACCAUAAUUCAAAAGCAUAAAUUCUUCUGCGAUGGUCCAGCUCUCACUUCCAUACAUCACUGCUGGGAAAACCAUAGCUUUAACUAUACGGACCUUUGUUGGCAGGGUGAUGUCUCUGCUUUUUAAGAUGCUGUCUAGGUUUGUCAUUGCUUUUCUCCCAAGAAGCAGGCGUAUUUUAAUUUCGUGACUGCUUUAGUUGAGAUUCCUGCAUUGCAGGGGGUUGGACUAAAUGACUCUCUGGCUCCCUUCCAACCCAAGAAUUCUAGGGUCCUAUGGUGGUUGCCCCGAUGCCGCUAUGAUCAGCCGAUGUAAGAGGUUUAGAAAUUCAAAUAAGUCUCAUCUUCCAAAUAUGAAUCUAUCCUUCACAGCUGUAUUACCUGUAUCAGGUCCUUGGGCUAAGAAGACACAGCUUGGGUUUGAUAAAGAGAAGUGGAACACUUGGCCCUAAUUGAUCUGCUUGCUUCUUAAGAUGAAAACAUACGUAAGAAGACCCUGCUGCAUCAGGCCAGUGGCCUAUCAAGUUCAGUGUUCUGUUCUUGCUGUAGCCAACUGGAUGUUUCUGGGAUGCCUGAAAGCAAGGCUUGAACACUCUCCUCAGUUGUGGUUCCCAGCAAGAUAGCAUGAGACUCUUAAUCUCAUGGUUGUGGGUUCGAACCACACAUUGGGGGGAAAAGAUUCUUGUAUUUCAGGGGCUGGGCUAAAUGACCCUUGUGAUAACUUCCAAUCAUUCUAUGAUUCUAUACAGUGCCGGAUUUACGUAUAAGCUAAACAAGCUAUAGCUUAGGGCCCCACUCUCUUGGGUGCCCCCCAAAAAAUUAAAGGAAAAAACCAACUGGAUGUACAUUUCAAAAAUAUAACAUAAAAAACAAAUAAAAUAAAACCGACAUACAGCAACAGUGUUUUGUGUUGUGUAGGCUCCUAUGAU